CCUGUCUGCCAUUCUCCCUUCACAGAAGAGGACCCAGUCCCAAUCCAUGAGAGAGAUUCAGAGAGACACAGAGGGGUGGGCACACUAAGCAACUCAGCCUGCCUAGCAAACAACACCACUGGGAAGAAUUGAAGGCCUUUUGUUUUUUCUUGUGGAUUCAAAUCUCAACCAGUAGGGACAACAAACAACAUGUUUUACCUGAUCCCUCGACUGACCCCUGGCUACCUUAGAUAUCUCCAGGUGGAUGCCGGUUGCCACGGAAACCCUAAAGUACUAAAAGGCAGUAGCUGCUCGCAUUCAAUUUAUUCUUUUGGAGAAAAAACUAAAGUUAAAAAAAUGGAAAUCCUAGCACGGCUCUUCCCCUACGCUAAGACCCUGGCUGGACUGAAGAGGGUCUUUGAGCAGGCUCAUCUCUUUGUUGACUCCGCUCCCAGAGCCAGGAGGAAUUUAAGGGAGGCUUUAUUGCCGGUGACCAGCCGUGGUGGUUUCCGCGGUGGUUUCGGUGACGGGGAUGACCCUUGCUCUCUCAUCCUGCAGACCCAGGCCAACCAGACCAGACUGCAGCACAGAGGGGCUCCCAGGAUGCCGUUUGUGGCCGUCGCACUGGGCCUGAUGGGCAUCAGCAUGUCCGGAUACAGCAGCUGCCAGCUCACUCUGCACUACAGGCCGGCAAAUCACCUCUUCAAAGGAGCUGGGAGGACGGCCGUGCAUUUACAAAAUGCACACACAAACUCCCCAUUAGUGUGAUGUCAAUUAUAAUAAUUAAUACUUAUUUGGUUGUGAUUCAGGUGGGGAUUCAGUCUGUUUGUUUGUGUUUGAGUGUCUGUGUCUGUGUGUGUGCGUGUGUGUGUGUGUGUGUGUGUGUGUUUAUGUGUGGUUUUUUUUGUGCGUGUGUUUGUGUGUCUGUGUGUGUGGGUGCAAAGCCCAAAACUAUGAAUGUCCUGCUUUCUUUUGAACUGCCUCGUAUUUUCAUGCACAAGGAAGUUAUCCUUUCUGCUUCGAUGCACUUUAAUGGGUACAAGUUACAACCACGCAAAGGUCCGUAGGGCAGCACUUUACAUUUCUAAUGUUUGUUAUCUUGUUAGAAGACAAAGCUCCUAAAGAGAUGCAUCCCUGUGCAGCAGCUCCAAAACAUGAUUUAAUUCACAAGUUCAAGAAAUUCUUUUUAGUAAUUACCUUCAUUUUAGCUUCAUUUUUUUAGUCUACAGUUUUUUUAUUUUGGUCGUUGUAUUCAACUGGUGGGGAUUUCCUUCUGUACUUCAUUCUGGGAUUGACCAUUUGAGUAGAAGGUUAAGAUACGUUCUUAAUUUAAUAUCUGUUAAAUUAAAGUCUCCCAGUCUCCUACGGAGGCAACCAUAUUCUAUGUUAGUUGUUAUGAAUUUAUUAUGAACAUACUUUUGCACGUUUGAGAAUUACACGUGUUUGGAAGCUAUGCAUGACGGUGAUAAGCAAGCUGAAAGUGAUUAGUAGAGGAUUAGGGCUUAAAAUCAUGGAUGUCCAGCCAGCCUUUUUAUAUCGAAAGGCCAACUGGACUUAGAGCGGUCUCACUUGAUUGACGUGCGGUGGCACUGCAGUGUGUUGUCUCAGAGACCAGGCCAGCCACCCUGGGACCUGAACAGAACAACAGCGUGGGUCUACCUACUGCCACUCCACUUUGACCACUCCACAGUGACGCUGUCUUUAGAUCAGAGGAUAAUGAGAGGCAGAGCAGUGUAUCUAGGCACGGAUGACCAAGGUCCAUAACAGUAGCUCAACAAUCACUCAUAAUUAGUUUUGUGCAUUGUGACGAUGUGUAACCUACUUCAUGUUUCUUGCCAGUGAGUGAAUGUAUCACCAACAUGAAAUGUAAUUCAUGAAUAUUUAUGAGGGUGGUUUUGGAAAGCAAAUCUUUACAUAUUUAGUUAAAUCCUAUUUGUCCAUAUAUUAUGACAAAAAAAAAACUGUUACAGUUAAGUGGAAACAUGCAGGUUAUAGUCUAGAAAUAACUUAUUUAUAUUUGGGUGUAGGAUCAAUAUUAUCGGUAUUAAACCUCAAAUAUAAAUAGAGUUAUAAAUACCUUGAGUUAAACAAUGUAUGUAGAUACGACAGUUUCCUCAUCGUCCUUUUUCAAAAUGCAUUCUGGCUGUCUUUACUCACUAACAUUUACUGAAUGCACUACAAAGCAUCUUUGAUUGUAUACUGUUCAAUAUUUUAUAUCAUAAUACUUAAGAAUAAAUGUUAUCAACACA